CGCCGCCUCGCUGCUGCUGCUGCUGCCCGCCCGGCCCGAGGCGCAAGCGACCCGCUCCCACAGUCUUACUGUAUUUAUGAUUAUUUCAGAAAAUAGCCUGAAUCCCAACAAUUUUUUGUGGGAUAUGGAUUAUGAGGGACUGUUCCACAGUACCAAAAGUCUGGCAGGGACUGCGGGCUCUUACCAACCCUCCAGCUUGUUCAGAAGCAACUCUCUCGUACGCCACAGGGAAAGAAGAAGUUUGUUAAGUCAGAAUCUGAGCCAGAAAUCACAGGGAAAGCAGUUGUCCUGUGACAUGCUCCUUAAACUUUCCAGAUAUGUUUUAAUGGACACCUUUGGACCUAGCUUGGCCUGGAAUCUCUACCGAUUUUAUAACUGUGAUCGAGAAGUCAAUCAGCCUAAAAUUCGGAUUGGUCCUCUCAAGGUGGCACGCUACAAACUGAAGCCUUUCUUGCUACACCGGGUGCUUCAGCUCCUCAGGAACAUGGGAGUGUUGUCUGAAGCUCAGCCAUCCAAAGCCUUCUUGCUGCUAGAGGAACAAAUGCUUCAAACAAGGAAAAUCCAGAUAAAGCCCAAAGUGAAACAAAGUGGGCCCUGCCCGGAGCCCGCCCCGCACCUCGUCCCGUGGCGCCCCGGCUCCGACACCCGCCGCGCCGCCGUCGUGGGCCGCGGGGCGGCCCUGCGCCUCGAGAGCUCCGCCGCCUUCCACUCCCUCGUCAUCCGCGACGGAGGGACGCUGGUGUUCGCCGACCGCCCCCACGGGCCGCCCAUCACCCUGCGGGCCCGCUACAUCCUCAUCGAGGACGGCGGGGAGCUGCACAUCGGCUCGGAGAGGUGUCCCUACGGCUCGCGGGCCACCAUCUCGCUGUACGGGCGGGCCGCCGAGGGGGCGGCCGUGGAAGGCUUCGGGCAGAAGUUCGUGGGCGUGGGGCGCGGCGGCGUGCUGGAGCUGCACGGCCGGCGACCCCGCUCCUGGACCCUCCUGGACAAAACGCUGCACCCCGGCGGGCUGCGCCACGGCCCCUACUCCUCCGAGAGGCGCUGGGGCAGCCGUGGGCUCAACCUGCGCGUCCUCGACGCCGGCACGGCGCGGGUGCUGGCGGCCAGGCGCUUCGACACCCACCUGCUGCCCGGCGAGUGCCGGCGGCUGCGCGACUUCCUGGCGCUGCAGGCGCCCGGCAGGGUGGUGGCGGCCGCCGUGGGGGACUCGGCAGCCCGCAGCCUCACGUCGGAGACGCGGCGGCUCUUGCGGGACCGCCUCGGCAGCAGGCACAUCGCGCGCCUGGGGUACAGACAGCCCUGGGCUCUGGUGGGGAUCCUCGGAGGGGAUCCACUUUCGACAGUGGAAGAUAAGAGAGAAUAUCAUAGGAACGGGACAACGGGGCUUGCUGUAGCCCAAAAAGAUUUCCAGACCUACGACGGAAUCCGUUUCACUGUUACUGCUUUCAGCGGAUGGGUGAAAGGAGUGCCACAUAAUGGAUUUAAAGUGGAGGUGUCCAAGGGAAUAAUUCUUCAUUUAGCGGAUGAAGUUACAAGCUGGUUACCUGGCGACAGAAUAGUCAUUGCCAGUACAGAUUAUUCAAUGCAUCAAGCUGAAGAGUUUAAUCUCCUUCCUUGCAGCGAAUGUAAAAGCAAUCAAGUGAAAAUUGAUGGCAGCCCACUUUAUCUUCACAUCGGAGAAGUUAUAGAUGGCAUAGAUAUGAGGGCAGAGGUUGGUCUUCUGACAAGAAAUAUACUUAUUCAAGGAGAAAUGGAAGACUCCUGUUAUGGACAAAAUCAAUGCCAGUUUUUUCCCUUUGACACAUUUGGAGGACAUAUUAAAAUCCAGAGGAAUUUUAGCUCUGUUCACAUGUCAGGAGUGGAAUUAAAAAACAUGGGGCAGCAAGUCCUGGGCAGCUACCCUGUGCAUUUUCACCUGGCUGGAGAUGUCGAUGAGAGAGGAGGAUACAAACACCCAACUUACCUCGAUAACCUGUCUAUCCACCACUGCUUCUCUAGGUGUGUUGCCAUACAUGGAACUCACGGCCUUCUGGUGAGAGACAGUAUUGGGUAUGACACUCUGGGGCACUGUUUCUUCCUUGAAGAUGGGACGGAGCAGCGCAAUACGUUCUAUCACAACUUGGGCCUCCUCACGAGGCCAGGAACGAUCCUACCUUCGGAUCGCAACGAAGCCAUGUGCCUCGCAAUCCGUAGCCACGUCUAUGGGAAUUACAUUCCCACGCCAAGCACGGACUGCAUGGCUGUCAGCACAUUCUGGAUUGCAAAUCCAAACAACAACUUAAUAGAGAAUGCAGCAGCUGGUGCUCAGGAUGUCGGGAUAUGGUACAUCUUCCACCGGGUUCCGACUGGACAGUCCGAGGGGCAAUAUCCGGAGGGACAGGCUGAGCAUACCCCCUUGGGUGUAUUUUACAACAACAGAGUCCACUCCAAUUUCAAGGCUGGUUUGUUUAUUGGUAAAGGGGUAAAGACUACGAGAGCCAGUGCUGAAGAUCCCAGGGAGUACCUCACUGUAGAUAACGCCAGGUUUCGCCCACAUCAAGAUGCUGAUCCCGAAAAGCCGCGAGUUCCUGCCGUAAUUGAUGGUCUCAUUGCUUUUAAAAAUAACGACCACGGGGCCUGGGCCAGGGGCGGCGACAUUAUUUUCCGUAACUCAGGGUUUUCAGACAACGGAAUUGGACUCACUCUGGCAAGCGAUGGAACUUUCCCAACAGAUGACGGCUCCAGCCUGGAGGUUUCACGCUCCAUUUUUGUUGGAGAAAGCAGCAACCUUGGCUCCCGGGGAGGCCAAAACAGCUACUGGGGAAGAGGAGCAAAUGGAGAAUACAGAACCCUGCCCAGAAACCAGACAUUCCCUAUUCGCGGAUUUCAGAUUUAUGAUGGGCCUGUCAGGAUGGCAAAAUGCACUUUCAAGAAGUUCACCCCAACUGCUGACAGAUACUCAAGUGCCAUUGGGUUCUUCAUGAAAAACUCCUGGCAGAUAAGCCCCCAGAAUAACGUGUCACAGAUCCUGAUGGAGAGAAGCGUUGGAUUGAAAGUGUUUUUCGGCAGAACAGGCCAGUGGUUUGGAAACAACGAUAACGAUGGUGACAAAAUGUCUAUCUUCCAUGAUCUGGAUGGCUCCGUGACAGGCUACCCGGACACUUUCGUAGGCAGGGCGGACAACUAUUUGCUUCGUCACCCCGGAUGCCUCACUGUGCCCCGGUGGAAUGGGGUGAUAUGUACCGGGAAAUUUGCCCAGCUUUAUAUUCAGGCCAGACGCCCUGAGAAUCUGACCUUAUCCAUCGCCAGAGCGACAUACCAUUCCCAUCCCUUGCGGCUGCAAGGCGUGAACCGCGGAGUGCCGUACCAGCAGUACCAGCCGGUCGUCAUGCUCGAGCAGGCUUAUAUCAUCCAGUGGGACGGCAGAGCACCUGAGGAUGUUAUCCUGUACCCGAUCAACUUCAACAGAGGAGACUGGCUGCACGUUGCCCUCUGUUAUCCCCAGGAAGCCGUUUUCCAUGUGGUGGCAGAUGUCUACCAGCGACGGACAGGGACGGUGCACAGCGUAAAGCACUACGUGGCGGCUGCCUCCCGGGACAGCGCUCUCGGUGGCACCGGCGAGCGGCUCUUCUACUUCGACCGGGCGUCAGGGUACCUAUUUGUUCACCUGCAAGCCCAUGAAGCUCGGGAAGGACACAGCUAUUGCUCUGAGCAAGGCUGCGAACGUGUUAAGAUCACAGCAGAGAUGUCCACGGGGGCCUCCUGGAGCUGUGCCCCAAACCCGUUCCCGGAGCAUAGCAGCCAGCCUGCAGCUCCCUGGCACCCCACGUCCCAGCGCCUGGCCGAGCCGUGCAGGGCCUGUGGGGCCCCUCAGCUUGCUAUCACUAGCAAACCCUCAGUCAAGUACGUAAGAAUACAAAUCCAGUCUCUCGGCACAGCUGACAUACAAAACCACUUGAUGUCUGCGUUCAUUAAGAUAAAUGAUAAAAUUUUCCUGUUCGGUAGCCGCGGGAUAUUCUUCGUGGUGCUGGAUGCAUGUUCAGGAGCAGUCAUGAGUAGGCGGCACUUUGACACAGCUAGUGAUGAAAAUUCUGCCAAUUCAAUAACCGACUAUGUUCAAACAUUUAUAAAAGAGAGAUCGCUUGUUCUUGUGUGCUCCAGAGAUAUCACAGAAAUGGCAGGGAGUCCUGCAAUGUCUGUCUUCACCAGGUUAGGGUCUGCAAAGCCUAUUAUCUUCCAUAAAAAAGGGAGUUUUGCUAUGCUUGGCUAUAAAGGGCAAGCCAAGCCCUCCUGGAUUAAAAUCCUUAAUCAUAGUGCUUGCCAGAAAGCUGCUUCUCUACAGCAUUAUGUUCCCCUGAAGCUGAAGGAAUAUCAGUGCUCAGGUAGUGCCAACGGGCCUCCAAACGCGGCUGUGUCUCAGGCCCCCUCGCAGCAGAACUCUGCGGAGACUGCAGGGCCCCGCGGCUGAACCCUCCUGCGGCGCUGGCACAACGUCAGCCACACGGGUUCUGUUACCAGAGCUUGCCAGUGUUUUUUUAUGGGAUUGUACUAAGCCAAUGUUGUUCAUUUGUAUAUUUUAUAACUAAUAAAUAUAUUCUUACCUUAUC